AUGAAGAUGGAAAACGAUGAGGAAUAUAACUGGGAUAAUACAACCUCAGUGUCAGAGUUCAUCCUGCUGGGGCUCUCCAGCCACCCCAAGACACAGCUGGUGCUCUUUGUGUUCUUCCUAGCUAUCUACCUGGUGACCCUCUUUGGGAACAGCCUCCUCAUUGCCCUUGUCAAGAGUGAUUCCCGUCUUCACACACCCAUGUACUUCUUUCUGGCUAACCUCUCCUUCCUAGAUAUCAGCUACACGACCACCACUGUACCCCAGAUGCUGUUCCACCUCCUCUCCACAAAGAGAAGCAUUUCCUAUGUUGCCUGUGUUGCGCAGAUGUACAUCUUCCUUUCUCUGGGGAUAAGUGAGUGCAUCCUGUAUGCUGUAAUGGCCUAUGACCGGUAUGUGGCCAUUUGUCAUCCCCUGCGUUAUACCGUCAUCAUGAGCAGGUCAGUCUGUGUCAAGAUGGCCAUCAGCUUCUGGGUAUCUGGCUUCUUUUUUGCCAUGUUGAAUACAGGCUUCACGAUGAGAUUGCCCUACUGCAACUUAAAUGAAAUCAAUCACUUCUUUUGCGAGGUGCCAGCCAUCUUGAAGCUGGCCUGUGCAGACACACACCUCACUGAGCUGGUGAUUUUUGUGAAUAGGACCUCAGUGUCAGAGUUCAUCCUGCUGGGGUUCUCCAGCCGGCCCGAGACACAGCUGCUGCUCUUUGUACUCUUCCUUAUUAUCUACCUGGUGACUCUUUUUGGGAACAGCCUCCUCAUUGCCCUUGUCAAGACUGACUCCCGUCUUCACACACCCAUGUACUUCUUCCUGGCCAACCUUUCCUUUGUAGACAUCAGCUACACGACGACCACUGUACCCCAGAUGCUGUUUCACCUCCUUUCCACAAAGAAAAGCAUUUCCUUUACCUCCUGCGUUGCGCAGAUGUACAUCUUCCUUUCUCUGGCGAUAACUGAGUGCAUUCUCUAUGCUGUAAUGGCCUAUGACCGGUACGUGGCCAUUUGUCACCCUUUACGCUACACCAUCAUCAUGAACAGGUCAGUCUGCAUCAAGAUGGCCAUUAGCUUCUGGGUAUCUGGCUUCUUCUUUGCCACACUGAAUACAGGCUUCACCAUGAGGCUGCCCUACUGCAACUUAAAUGAAAUCAAUCACUUCUUCUGCGAGGUGCCAGCCAUCUUGAAGCUGGCCUGUGCAGACACACACCUCACUGAGCUGGUUGUCUUUGUGAUGGCAGUUAUAAUCCUCCUGACCCCGCUGUCUUUGAUCCUAAUCUCCUAUGUAUUCAUCCUGGAAGCCAUCCUGAGGAUCAGCUCAGGUGAGGGGAGGUUCAAAACCUUCUCCACCUGCACCUCACACAUCACCGUCGUGACUCUCUUCUAUGGUGCCGCCAUGUUCAUGUACAUGCGCCCAGCCUCCAGCUACUCACCCGAGCGGGAUAAAAUGUUUUCCCUCUUGUACAAUGUUGUGUCUGCCCUCCUGAAUCCUCUUAUCUACAGCCUGAGGAACAAGGAGGUCAAAGCAGCCGUACUCAAAAUGAUGGGCAAGACGGACCACUGAGUUACGGUGGA